AUGGACAUGAACAAGGAACAUAACAAGAUUACGAGUGCAGAGGAAUUCGGAAGCCCCAGCACCGGUGUGGAGGGUGUGACAAAGCAGGCACUCAUCGCAUCGUCAUCCUACGACUACAAUCCGGAAGAGGUGGUCCCCUUGGCCUCGACGGAUUUGGCUACAAGGGAAGAGUUUUCGGAGGGGUUGGCCUCUUUGGCCCACCGAAAAUUAAAGGUGUCAAAGGUAGAAGAAUCGAGUAGGAAGGUGAUGAUAGUCAAGUUACGAGAUAUCUUGACAGAACCAGAGCCAGAAAAUGAAAAGAAUAAAGAAAAGAACUCAGAGUGGAAGGUGGAAAAGAGUAUGAAAGUAGAAAGAUGGGAUCAGAUAUCAGAUGAAGAAAUGAUGGAAAUUGAAAGAGAUACCCAAGUUAAAGGAAGAGAAAAUCCUAGUAAGGAUAAGUUUAAGAAAACAGAACCAAAUAUGAAAUCAAUAGAAGUGAUACCCAAGGGGAUUACCCUUACACCGAUACAAAGACCGGAAACGAGGUCAAACUCGGAAUCGUCGGAAACAGAAAGUAGUAUAAGGAAAGGUAGCCUUCCGGAGUCACAACAGCUGAAGAAAAUCCAGGGUAAAAUAAAAUAUUAUAGGAAGUCGGAGGAAGUUCCAGCGAAACAAAAAUAUAAAGGAAAGGAGACAUAUAACAAGGACAUGGAACAAUUAAAAGAUCUUCUGGAAGAGGAAAUGGAGACUUUGGCAGAUUCGGAGGCGUCAACAAGUACCACGAAUAUAAUAAUGAAAAGAAAAAGGAGAAGAUCCAAAGAGUUAACUCCUCCCUCCGAGGAAAAAAAGAAAAGCAAGACAGAAGGGAUAAAGGAGCCAAAAAAAAGAAAUGGUAUAAAGAAUAAGAGAGACAGGAAAGAAAGAGAGAAGAAAGUGAACUACGAUUCAUCGGAGACAGAAGAAACCACACAAGCUAAACAGGACAAGCAAAAAGAAUUAGGAUUCGGAGACUUGUUAAUCGAAACAUUAACGGAUCUUACAGACAAGUUAGUUUCGACAAUCGAUACAUUAAAACAUGGACAACUACCCGAAAAGAGAGAAACCAAAGAAGUUAGGCAAAUAUCAACUACGAAAGAAACAUGGGCAAAAGUUGUAGGUACCAAGAAAACAGAUAAUGGGAAUGUCAGGAAGAACGAAGAAGCAUUAACUGCCACUGCCACGGAAUAUACCGAAGAUGGCAGGUACUCAAGAAGCAUCAGAAAGAAGAAACCGAAAUGGGCGGCACCUAAAAAAGAUCCAGUUAUGAUUAGGAUUGACGAAUCAAAUAAUUAUAAACAAUCGUAUGAGAGGAUUAAAAACAUAAUAGAGAAAUACAAAGGUAUUAAAAGACUAAGGAAAAGUAGGACUGAUCAGUUGAUCAUAGAAAUGAGUGACAGCGGAGAAACAGAAAUUCUAAAGGAAGACAUCAUAAAAAAUAUUGGAAAAGAUCAGGUCAAAACUCUACAGAAGAAGUUCGACCUGGAAAUAAUAGACGUAGAUCCAAUGGUGGACAAAAAUGACGUGAUGCAAGCAUUGGAAAAUAUUAAUAUCAAAAAAGAAGAUAUGAUUGUUAAAGUACUAAGACCGACUAGACUUGGUACGCAGAAGGCGAUCGUGGAAUUGCCGGUUUCUUACAUCAAACUUAUAAGAGAGAAAAAGAAGAUAAAAAUAGGAGUGAUUAAUACGAAAAUGGAAGCGGCACCGAAAUCAAUCAAAUGCUACAGAUGUCAUGGAUUAGGUCAUUACAGCACGAACUGUAAAGAAAAAAUCAAGGACAACUUAAGGUGCAGAAGAUGCAACACAGAUGGCCAUAAGGAAGAGGAAUGCUCGAAACCUUUCCAAUGCCGUUCAUGCGUACAUCAAAGGCUCCCAUUUGAACAUCGAAUGGGAACAAUGAGCUACCUAGUAUUCAGGAACACCAUAAAAGAACUGAAACGGCAAUUUAAUAUAUAUUAUGCGGAUACUGCAAAAUAA